UGCCGUCGGGUCCCGUCCCGCUCGCCCCGCUCCGCUCCUCGCUACUCCCCCCUCUGGAAGCGCCGGCGGCUGGGGGGGCGCGGGGGCGGUGGGCGCCCGCGGGGGGCGAGGGCAGAGCAGCCCCGCUCGGCACCAUGGCGUCCAGCUAUGCCCACGCCAUGGACAGGCAGGCCCUGCUGCCCGCCCGCCUCGACGGCCCCGCCGGCCUGGACAAUUUACAAGCCAAGAAGAACUUCUCCGUGAGUCACCUGCUGGACCUGGAGGAGGCGGGCGACAUGGUGGCCGCCCAGGCGGAGGAGGGCGGCGGCGAGCCCGGCCGGAGCUUGUUGGAGUCCCCCGGGCUGACCAGCGGCAGCGACACCCCGCAGCAGGACAAUGAUCAGCUGAACUCAGAAGAGAAGAAGAAAAGAAAGCAGAGGAGGAACAGGACUACCUUCAACAGCAGCCAGCUGCAGGCACUAGAGAGGGUCUUUGAGAGGACUCACUACCCCGAUGCCUUCGUACGGGAGGACCUUGCACGCAGAGUCAACCUCACUGAGGCCAGAGUUCAGGUGUGGUUCCAGAACAGGAGAGCCAAGUUCCGCCGGAACGAGCGCGCCAUGCUGGCCAGCAAGAACGCCUCGCUGCUCAAAUCCUACUCCGGCGACGUGGCGGCCGUGGAGCAGCCCAUCGUACCCCGGCCCGCUCCCAGGGCCACCGACUACCUGUCCUGGGGCACCGCCUCGCCCUACAGUGCCAUGGCCACCUACUCUGCCACGUGUACCAACGCCAGCCCAGCACAGGGCAUGAACAUGGCCAACAGUAUUGCCAACCUGAGACUGAAGGCAAAGGAAUAUAGUUUACAGAGGAAUCAGGUGCCCACAGUCAAUUAACAGCUGGGGGCAGCUGCCUUGCAGAAGGAGAAGACACAGCAGCACCCGUCCUGCUUUGCAACUUGUCUGUGCUGAAAGAAAAAAUGAAAGAAAAAGAGAACAGCAACAAGAAGAAGAAAACACCAUCAAGACAAAAGAGAAAAAAAAAGAAAAAAAUAAAAAGAAGGAAAAAAAAGCCAACCCUCACCCAGAACUGAACACGGGGAGCAAACAGAACCUGUGAGUGAUCAGGUUCCUCCUUCCUUUUGGGAUAAUGCCACCGUUUUUUAUUUUCUUGUUAUCGUCGGGUUUAUUGCUUCUGCUCAAUAUACUGCGAGCUUCUUCAGUAAAGGACAGUCUCACCCUUGCUGGUUUCCAUUUUUGUGAGGGACUGCACAAAGAAACCUCUGCCAGUCUCAGCCCACGGAGCAGUCCCAGCCCCAGCACGCUGAGAUCCAAAGCUUGCUCAUCUCCCUGCUGCCCCAGCUCACCCUAGAAGAAGAAGAAUUUGUUUGGUCACCGAUUCCCACCCCACCCUGAUCCCUCCAGUCCCUUGUGCCACAGAGGCAGCACGUUCCUCUCAGCCUGCCAGAAGCCCAUUUAGUGCAGCAAGAUGGAUUCCUGCUGGCUGAGCUGCCUGGAAAACCUCCCUGGGCUCUGCAGGGCUCCAUUGUUUGGUGGAGCAUUCCCUGCACUGCUGCCUCAAAAAGCCAAAGAAGAGAGCAAAGCCAACAUGGUGGGUGUGUGAGCAGGGGGAUCUCUCUGUAGUGCCAAGAUCAGGACUGUCAGGACACUCCUUCCUAUGCCUUACAGUUUGUGCCACAGGGAAAGGCAUUGUCCAGAUGCAUUUGUUUUAUAUAUACUGUAUAUAUUUAUAUAUAUAAGAUAAUACAUGCAA